CGUUUCGCGUCCGACCUUUUACCUUUUCUUUUGGCCCACAUUCCAGCAGCAACUCCAUUACACGGGGUACACAUUGAUCCAAGCAGUACAAAAACUAUUAAAGCAAUCGCCUGUUUUUUCAUCCUUACCCUGAAAGUAAAUUUGAAAGUAACGAACCUUCAUUAACAUAACUAAAACUAACUUUUAAUAAGUAUGGGCAUAGCCUUUUUCUCCUAUAUAUGUCAAGCUAUGCCUAGCUUAGUGUUAAAGUACGCAUAAACAGCCAGUAUUUUGAGUAGUGUUCCAAUAACAAGCCGUCUCAAACAAUCACAAUCAAAUUAUACUCAGGCGACUGCGACGGACAGCACUCUGUCUACAAAACGCAGGCCAGCUCAAUGAAGCCUCAAAAACACAACACACUGUAGAUUAGCGGAAAGAGAACAUUCCAAAGGCGAAAUUUAACUUACCUGGAAACGAUUUCGUAAGAAAAAUAACAAUUAAGGUGAACCACAUGUAUCCUUUAGUUUAAACAAUAGAUAGAACUAACAAAGGAUAAACUUAUUAUUAAGGUCACUCUACUCCUGUUAAUCAAACAAAUCUUGUACAUUUUAGAGUUUAAAUAAUAAACAUUAUCCCGUUACUGCUCAUGCCAAACAUUGAUUUUAUGUCAGGAUGUCGCGAUUUCAAAACAUGCGAGGAGAGUAAAAAGGAGUUGUGAGUCAAUAAACUCGACAGAAGCUGAAGAACACAACUCAUUUGAUCAUAGUAAAAUUCGACGACUACAUGUGAUUACAGAACAGAACACGAGAAACUUUCCGGAAACUUUACCUAGCCUGGUCCCCGAGUGCUGGAACUAACAUCGUUACAUCUCCUUUGUUUUGACAAAUUGAAGGAAAAGAAACAGCAAACAAGCAGAAAAGAACACGAAACCUGAAAAUUGUCUCAUUGUAUAUUUAGUGACUAAAAUAACAUAUAGUAUUUGAGUUCCAGCAAAUAGAGGUGUAGGAAAUAUUCACUGUUCGCUUAGAUAACGAGAUCUUGAAGGUAAGCUGGCCUCUUAACUAUUCUCCCACUUCUAGUAGUGACAGGCACAGGAGUAUUUGAAGAAACUAACUGGGAGUCAGUCUGUGAACCCCCUGCUAUCACUGACCGAUCAGACAUCCGCGGCGCCGGAGAUUCAGUAGGCAGCACCGCAGUGUCCUACGGGUGUAUUGGGCUACGGCUUGUUCUUUCAGAUUACACUGCUUCAUCAUGUGAGCUGGGCUGGUAUUUCUCGGCAACGUUGUAA